AUGAGGAGAUACAUUAAUUUAUUUUUUAUUUUUUGUUCAGGCUACAUUUAUGCGGAGCAUUCCCACUCGUCGCAGAAAAGGUUCUCGGGACUAUACACAGGACCUUACUUCGAUCCGAAUGCCUCUUCAAAUAUCACCACGCAGCUCGGCACUCACGCAUACUUGCCUUGCAGAAUAAAGCAAGUUGGAAACAGAUCGGUUUCUUGGGUGCGGAAGCGUGAUUCGCACAUCCUAACGGUGGACAGGUACACAUUCGUUGGCGACGACAGGUACCAGGCGUUCCAGGCCGACGGGACGGAUGCGUGGACGCUCCAGAUCAAAUUCGUCCAGCCCCGAGAUGCUGGCCAGUACGAGUGCCAGGUUUCCACCGAGCCAAAACUCUCACAUAUGGUCACGCUCAAUGUCGUUGUUCCGCGGAUCGAGAUCCUGGGUGACCAGGACAUCCACGUGAAGCUGGGCUCGCAGGUGGAGCUGAAGUGCGUGAUCACGCAGAGCAUCGAGGAGACGGGCUUCAUCUUCUGGUACCACAACAACCGGCGGAUCCUGGACUCGAAACUCAUCAAGAUCGAGCGCACCGGCUCGGACACCACCGUCGGCACCCUCGUCAUCCUCUCCGCCAAGCAGACCGACGCCGGCAACUACACCUGCGCACCCACCAACCUCCAGUCCGUCAGCGCCUACCUCCAUGUUCUCAUGGACGAGCACCCGGCGGCGAUGCAGCGCGGGAAGAACUCAGCCUCGCUGCCGUGCAUAUGGUGGGUGCCGUUCUCGGUGGCGCUGGGCAUGGACACCUGUCUGUCCAGGCACCUCACCCUCAUGGCGCUCCUCUCCUUUUACCUAAUUAGUAGUCUUGUCCUAUUCUUCAUCCCGGAAUCGUGAACUCCCGUCUAGGCGCCCGACUCCACCCCAAUUCCGGGCUCAACCACAGGGACAAAACUCUAAACAUUACUUCUUCGACUGAUUACGUGAUUAGGGCACCGCGCCGCACAGUGGAUCCAGUCAAUCGGGGAGCUCGGACAAAAUUUGUAAACUCAUGACUCCAUUUGCACUGGCUCUUGCAAAAGCUCAUGACUCCAUUUGCACUGGAAA